CUAUGGCAACCCCCGCGGCCUAGCCCGGCCUACGGAAACGGAAGCCGGGGCCCUGUCGCUCAGGGCCGCCGGGAGCGGCGGGGCGGGGUUGGUUUGAACCGUUGGCUGCUUAGCCGGGUUCCUAGGCUGGCAGCGGCCUCGGCCUCUCCGGGGCAGGGGGUGCCAGGCCUAGCAGCGCCUGGGAGAGGGACGCUCCGUUCCCACUGACCAGGGAGUACUGAGCAGGGGCCCCUCCAGCCUGAGACCCCCCAGACCAGCAUAGGGACCCCCCAGAACAGGCCUCGUGCUCCCCUUCCCCUCCUGCUGCAGCAGCCCCCAAAGCUCCCCCGUUGGGUGCUGUGCCAGUCGUGGGAGCCCCGGGGGAGACCCGUGCCCAAGCCUCGACGUCGUGGACUGCGAGGUUGGCUGUUAAGUGCACAAUGAGUAGUGAAGAGGAAACAUGGGAGAAGUUGGAUGCGGAAUUUGAUCACUAUGUUGUAGAUAUGAAGCCGUUUGUGCUAAAAUUACCACAUAAAUCAGAACGUCAGAGAUGUGCGCUCUGGAUUAAAAAACUCUGCGAGCCCUCAGGAGCAGGUGCAGGAAUUAUGGGUAGAAAGAAUCGGAAUUUGUAUGCAAAAUUGUUGCUGCAUAUGCUGAAACGAGGAGUUCUAGAAGGCCCUUUUACACAUAAACCUGAACCUGGAAUACUGAGAACCUUGCCUUCAUAUAUGUCAAUCUAUUUUGAUGAACCAAAUUCAACGAGAGCACAGAGUGGUAGCCCAGAAGCUUUACCUGACUGGGUCAUGGGAGAACUAGGAACAAGUGAAUCAAAAUUAGAGGAAUCAUGGAAAUUCUCUUCUAGAGAAGAGUCAGCUUUGGUAGCAUCACCAUUUGUACACAGGGAAAGAUACAAGUAUAAUGGGAAGCUAGCGUUAAGGUCACAUUCUAUGAGUCCACCUCACCGGUCAGAUGAGGACAACCGUGCCAUGCAGACACCUGAAGAUCAACACAGAAAACCCAUUUCUUUGGACGACAGUGAUCUUGAAGCUCGUCUCAAUAGUUGGAAUCUUGGGCUAGAAAAUCCAAGAUAUUUGCGAGAGAAGCCCAUACCUCUGUCUCUGAUGACACCCAAAAUGGGCUUGGGAAAAAUUAGCACUUUUCGGGAUGAACAGUCAUUGUUUCGCAUGCAUGAAAAAGAGCUGGAGAUGAAAACAAAAAUAAUGGAAGCUAAAUUUCAUGAAGAAAAGCUUAAAUUACAGCAGAAGCAUGAUGCUGAUGUUCAGAAGAUUUUGGAUAGAAAGAAUAAUGAAACUGAAGUAUUGAAGACCCUCUACAAAACUAAACAGAAUGAAGCUGAGGAGACUAUUAGGAAGCUAGAAAAGAAAGUUCAGACCCUUGUUCGUGAGUCACAAGUUGUCAGAGAGACUAAGGAAAAGCAGAUUAUGGAGUUAAAGAAGUUGUGUGAGCAAAGCACAGAUUCUUUGAACAACGACUGGGAGAAAAGGCUCCACAAUGCUGUGGCAGAAAUGGAAAAGGAAAAAUUUGAUCUUCAGAAGAAACACACAGAAAAUAUCCAAGAACUGCUUGAGGACACAAAUGCACGUCUUAGUAAAAUGGAGACAGAGUACUUGGCACAGACAAAGGCAACUAACCAGAUGGUCAAAGAACUGGAGGCCCGUGUCCAGCAGCUGACUGUAGAAGCUGAAAGUAGUAAUUUACAGCGUCAGAAAUUAUCUCAAGAAAAGACUGAUCUAGAGCAAUGCUACCAAGCAGUAUUCACUGAACUGCAGGAGGUGAAAUCAAGGUGCAACUCUCUUCAGAAGGAGAAGGAUCACAUAAUACAAGAUUAUGAACAGAAUAUUCAACAACAACAAAACAAAUAUGAUAUUGACAUAAAUUUUAUGAAACAGGAACAUGCUCUCUCAGCAGCUAAGGCAUCUAAUGUGAUUGAAGAAUUAGAACAGAGUGUGUCUGAAUUAAAACAACAGUUACAAGAAUCAGAACAUCAAAGGCAGCAACAGCUGAGGGAUCAAGAACACAAAUUUCAUCAGGAAAAACUUCAUUUAGAGCGGAUUCAUGAAAAAAAGAUUCAUGGCUUCCAAAAUGACCUUGAUAAAGAGAGAGGGGAUGCUCAAAAGAAAAUUCGCAAACUGGAAGAGGCUUUGAAGGAGAAGGAGGAGCAGCUGACUCGGGUGACAGAGGUACAGAGGCUGCAGGCCCAGCAGGCAGAUGCUGCCCUGGAGGAGUUUAAGCGGCAGGUGGAGCUGAACUCAGAAAAAGUCUAUGCUGAAAUGAAACAGCAGAUGGAAAAGGUGGAAUCAGAUCUAAGCAGAUCAAAAUCUCUCCGUGAAAAGCAGUCAAAAGAAUUCUCUUGGCAGUUGGAAGAACUCAAACAAAGAUAUGAGCAACAGAUAGUAGAGCUGAAGCUGGAGCAUGAACAGGAGAAGACGCACCUAUUCCAGCAGCACAACACAGAGAAGGAUUGCCUGGUCCGAGAUCACGAACGGGAAAUUGAAAAACUGGAAAAACAGCUUCGCGCUGCCAUGACGGAGCACGAGAAUAAAACUCAAGAAUGCAGGAAACGAGAUGCACAGAUUAUCCAUGAUAUGGAGGCCCAAAUCCACAAGCUGAGAGAAGAGCUUAUUCAGGUAAAUGCUCAGCGGAAGCAACAGUUGGUAGAGCUUAGCCUUCUGCGGGAAGAAGAAAAGCAGAGGGCUGCUCGGGAUCACGAGACUGCAGUGAAUAAGCUUAAAGCAGAGUCGGAAAAGAUGGCCUUAGACCUGAAAAGGACACAUGCUGCAGAGACAGAGAUGACGUUGGAAAAGGGAGGGGCAUCUCCAAGCAACCAAAUCAGAGCAGUGUGGCUUCGGCAGAGACUAGAGAUGGCAUCAUCUACAGCCAACAGCAGGUUGAAGCAGAUUGAAAAGGAAUACAGUCAGAAGUUGGCCAAAUCUUCACAGAUCGUAGCUGAACUUAAGACAACCAUUUCCUCUCUGACAGAGGAAAGCAGCCGGCAGCAGCUUGCUGCAGAAAGGCGUCUCCAGGAUGUUGUACAAAAGUUUGAAGAUGAGAAGCAGCAGAUGAUUAGAGAUAAUGACAGAGCAAUCAAGGCUUUACAAGAUGAAAUGGAAAAUUAUUGCAAUCAGGUACGGUCUACAGAAAAGAAGCUGCAGCACAAGGAGUUGGAGACACAGGAACAGGUGACAUACAUACGACAAGAAUAUGAAACCAAACUCAAAGGUCUGAUGCCAGCAUCUUUGAGAAAGGAACUCGAAGACACCAUUGCAUCUUUAAAAUCUCAGGUAAACUUUCUGCAGAAGAGAGCAUCUGUCCUACAAGAAGAACUGAAUGUGUACCACACCAGAAGGUAACUGCUGGAGCAGAGGAAAUUGUUCAAGUGACAAAUGGACUUCUUUCAGCAGGUUUGAAGAUUUGGAUCUUGUAAAUUAAACUGUGAGAUCAGUGGCUGUUUUGUUAGCACAGAAAAUGUAAUUAAGCUCAUGAAAGCACAUCCAUCCUUCAUGCCAGUAUUUUUUGAGUUGUAUCUUACUUGAAUUAUUUUUUACCAUUAUCUUAUUACAGAUUUACAAUUUUGCUAUAUUAAGUGUGUUUGUGUGUGUGCUCAAUUUACUUAUUGCGCAACUAAAUUUCCUCGACUAUUGGUUUUGCUAUUACUUCCUAAUAUCAUUUUUAU